CUGCUCAAACUUCUUAUAACAACCUUCAUCCUUCACCAUCACACAUACGCUACACGUGUCUGUGGAUGACCUUGGUGAAGCUGUGGGCUCUAUUCCGUGCUCCCCCCCUCUCUGGUAGUGGGCGGAAGUCGAUUUGAAGAAGCAGCGGCUUCAUUUUGUGAGGGAGGGUUAACGUGUUGCGCUUUUCAUGUGGCUGCUGUGAACUGCAUGAUUUUUCUCUCCACUUUACACUGUAAACCGUGUUUGUGGGAAAUGUGCUGGAUCAGCUCGGCUGCUGCUUCUCGCGGUAAUGAAGCUGAAUUACAGUCAGCUUGUGCGCGUAAAGUGAACUUCUUGACUCAGGGAACACAGUUUCAGAUAUAAUAGCGACCUUUCCUUAUAUUCAUGUGACCAUCUCAUGCUGGCAUCUCAUAGUUUUAUAUCGUGUAGUGUAAGUCAACAUUUUAUUCGUUGGGUAAAAACUGCAACCCUGGUUUUAAGAGCCGAUCAGCAGCAGCAGAGGGCGUCAGUGAUCAGCUUUGGUUUCAAGUCAGUUGAGCUUCGCUGUUUCUUUUAGUAUUUGUACGUGCAGCCUGCCCACAGUUUAGAAAAAAAAAGGAAGUACUGAAGUUACACUGUGUGCAGGGCUCUACGUGUAUUCACUUGGUGGAGCAAUAAACGAACGAAAGUCUCAGAGCUGUAAUGUGCAGCUGUCACUGUAGAAAAGCAACGACCAGCAAAUGAUAAGCAUAUGAGAGCGUUAUGAUCAGAGUACUGCUACACAAACAAACAGCAUCACCUGAAGUAUAGCAGAUUUACACUCAGUGUCCAGUAUAUUAGGAACACCAAGCUCACACUGAGUCAGUCUAACCCAGAGGUCGUGCAGCUCAUUUAAUCCUCACUGAUAAUGGUUCAGCAGGAUCACUGCUUAUUAUAACUGCUGUGGUCAUUUUAAAAGCCGGCGAGGAUUACUUCUUACCAGGGUCUGUGUCCUGAUUUAAAAUUAUUUUGAACUACGAUCUUUAAAUCCUCCGCCUGUCCCCACCCUGACAAAGAGGAAGCAGAUGUUGAAACAGAGAUGCUACCAAAAUUGGCCUAUAUGCUUGUGUUGUAGUCACAGACAAUAUUAAAUUUAGUCACAGAGUGAGGUAAAGAAGGAAAAUAAAAACAACUACAUAAGCUGCCCGGUUAUUCUGUACUUUUUUUUGCUGGGGGCCUUUGUGGUGGAUUUCCUUCCUCCUCUCGCCCGUCCUCAGAGUCACGUGACAUUAAGAAAACAACAACAACUGGAGGAAGUCCCUGCAGAGACGCAUAUCCUUACAGAGUUUGCAGAGCAAAGUAAACCACUGAUCCUGUCACAUUAGGAUAGAUUCGCUACCAAUAUCGGGCUUGUAUGUGCCAUCUAUAUUUGGAUCGAUCCGCCCACUACUACCAAACAGCGGGCCGACCGUUGUGCAACCUGCAGAAAUGUCGUCUGUUGUAGUUUUCUUCUCCCUCCCGAUGUUGGUGGCUUCUGCGUUGAAAGAGCUCAGAGUGAGGCCUGGACAAGAUGCCACUCUUCAAUGUUGGGGUCCCAGAAAUGCACACAUCACCCUGCUGGAGUGGAGCAGACCGGAGCUCAUCUCACAGGGUUAUGUGUUCUUCUUCCAAGACCAGCGCUCGUACGAGAACUACCAGCACGAGUCCUUUAAAGGUCGAGUGCAGCUGAGAGACCCAUCCAUGAAAGACGGAGAUGUUACUGUGAUUCUGAGAAACGUCAGCGUGAGCGAUACAGGAGCAUAUGAGUGUCAGAUUACAACCAGCAGCACCAGAAAUGGCGAGAGAGUCGUCAAAGAGUUCAAGCACUCCAUCAACCUCACAGUCACAGAGUCUGUUCAGAUAAACAUCACAGCUGGACAGAACGUAAUUCUGCCAUGUCGAGCUCCAAACAUCGACAGCAAUUCCAAGGCAGUUGUAAAGGGGAGCAGAGCUGACCUUGGAAAAGAUUAUGUUCUUUUGUAUCGGGAUGAACAGCCUGAUCCAGAAGAGCAGCAUCCAUCUUUUAAGAACCGGGUGGAUCUGCAGAACAGACAGAUAAAGGAUGGAGACGCGUCUUUGAUUCUGAAGGAUGUCACGACUGCUGAUAGUGGAACAUACGAGUGUCGCGUCUUCAGAAGAACAAACCGCAGGAAGAGAGCUAAUCUGGAGACUGACCCUAUCAGUGUCAUCAGCCUGAAAGUUGAUCCUCCAGGUCAGACAGGAGGAGACACAGAGGAUGGAGUGAGCAGAGGACAUGCUGGACUGAUGGCGGUUUUGUCACUCUUUGCUGUGAUUGCUGCUUUGGCGAUCUUUAUAAAACUAAAUCCACCUCCUCCUCUUUCUUGUCCUUCUGUCUGCAGAAAUGUACUUUGAUUGUAGUAUGAUCCUGACAUUAAGAUUAAGGAAAAAUCUUUCAGUAAAUAUGAUUAAGACAACUAGAAUGAUCAUUAUUGCUACUGAACUGACUGUUGCACGUGUCAGAAAUUACAGUUGUUCUCAAUCGAUUUGGUGCAAUUCUCACAGCACAAACCUCAUUCUCCCUGCUCUUCAUGAAGUCCUUAAAACAGUUUGGGCAUUCUUCAUAAUUCAGAAUCAUCUGUGCAAAACACGCUCCAAACACGAAUCAGUCACUUCAACUCUGUGAAGUGAAUGGAUAAAAAAAAAAAAAAACUUUCACCGCCUCUUAAAGAAGUCAUCAAAGUAUUUUUUUUUCUCAAAAACGUCCUGACUUUGGAAAAAAUGUCUGACCUUGAUGAUGAUGGGCUACAGUUACAGGCGAGCACACAGGGGGCCACACCUGUCAGCUAUCAACAUGAAACUGGGGCUGCAUUUCACACAGACAAACAUAUUGAAAACAUUAGAUUGAAAUACUGAAAAACAGUAAUCGGAGAAAUGAGCGAUCAAGAGCUCUAACUGACAAAAGUACAAACUUCUGUUUUGAUGAGUUUUCAGAUUCAAGUGACAAGUGCAUUAACGCAGCAACAAAGAUCACAAGUAUGGAUAUAAACAAAAGCAGUGUUUAUAAAAACAAUGAGACCGUCUAAUGUUCAUAAGGAAAUGCUCAAACCGAUUUAAGAACUGCAUCAAAAAUGGUGAGAAUGACUUUUCUCUCUGUGACGGAUGGAGAAAAGCUGUAAAGCUGGCCCACGUGUCCGCUUCAAUCCGUGCUCUCGUCACAGUGGACAGUUUGUGAACCAAGAACUAACUGGGCACUCAGAUAGUUCUUAGGUCAUGUGACAGAACAGUUCACCUUUAUUUCAGCUUUUUCAUUCAGACUUCCUUCACUGGAAAAUAAUAAAUAAAAAUAAUACAAAACAAUACAUUUUAAAAAUAAAUACAAAAAUAAAAGCUGUUACAAUAAAUUGUCUUCCAUAUUUUUAUUUUAUAUCCUAUUUUUCCUUUUUGAUAAAAUAAAUAAUAUUGUGAAAAUUGUCGAAUGUUUUAUCUGAUUUUGAGUGUGAACUGUAGCUUUGAAUAUGUUAAAAUAUAUUUGCAUUAGUAGCUGUGAUUGGCUCCAGCCCCCCUAAAGACUCUCAUAAGGCUACGUGGAAGAGGAUUCAUGGAUGGAUAUUUACCUUUGAUGACUUCGCUUGCUGUAAUCGUGCUGAAGGAGUGUUAAAGAGCAAACAGCUCACACACAAAUGGAGAAAUCCAGAGACAUUUAUUCACAGAGGAUUCAAAGAAAACAGUCUGAUGUGCAUCUGUUCAUGUCUGAAGCAAAAGGAAAUUCUAGUUGAUCAAAUGAGACUUUUAUUCCUUUUAAAUGCUUGAUUGUAGAUUACAUAUGCUGCUGUUGGUCACUGUUGUUUUCAUUACUGUUUUUGUUUUAUUGUUCUCAGACAGCUCCUGCUUGUCGUAAGACCUGAAACAUCACACAUUUGUCUCUUUUUAUUUCCAUGUUGUUGUACUUUUUCAACAUGUUCAAAAUAAAGAUUCAAUCAAUCAACAUCAUGGUUUA